GCCGGCCGGUUUAUUCCAGUUUGAUAGAAUGUCUUUCUCGUAAGCUAUCUUAGUACAUAUCAACGGCAAAACUUUGGAGGCUAAGCUUAAAUUGGUCAAAAAAAAAAAAUUUAAUUAGACUCUUAUAAUACAAACAAAUGCAUCACUUCGGUUUUUCCAACUUAUUGCUAAAAUCAAGAUUCAUAUAAACCUAUAGCUCUUAAUUCCUUUUUCAACUGUCUUCUUCUCCAUCUUUCUUUUUUCUUAAUUGAUUGCAAUGCCGCCUAAAAGUCGCAGUUACCAACUCUCUGCUACCCCAAUUACAAUGGUUGCACAUUUGAUUUUUUUAAGUGUAGCAACUCUUGUGCUUGUUUGGCUCCUAAAGUUUGAAGAUGGUUUUGCUUUCAAAUCUGCCAACGAAAUCAAGAUUCUGAACGUGCACAUUUUUCUAAUGAUAGUUGGCUUCAUACUUAUAGCAGGUGAAGCUAUUAUGGCUUACAAGACCAUUCCAGCAGAAAGAAAGGUGCAAAAGGCAGUUCACUUUAUAUUGCAUCUAAUAGCACUUGUGGCUGGAGUUUUGGGAGUUUAUGCAGCUUUUAAGUAUAAGCAUCAGAUUGGAGAUAAAAAUAUGGUUACUUUACAUUCCUGGUUAGGCAUGAUCACAAUCUGCCUAUUUGGUCUUCAGUGGGUUUUAGGGUUCUUCUGUUAUGUGUUCCCUGGAGCAGAAAUGACAGCAAGAGCCUCAUACAUGCCAUGGCAUGUCUUUGGAGGCAUGUUCAUAUUCUUUCUUGCCAUUUGUACUGCCCAAACUGGUUUAAACCAAAGAUUCAAAACCUUAGAUCAAGAAGGACUCAUAGUAAACUUCACAGGACUCUUGCUUCUUCUUUAUGCAGUUGGUGUUGGCCUAAGUGCUGUUCUUCCACGUCGUUAUCGAUGACACCAUCCUUUCAUUAAUUAUUUAGGCCUUCUCAUCCUCCAUUGCCUUUAUAUUCUUGAAAAAUAUUAUUCUUAUUAUCCAUUACCACAUACCCAAAAAGAAAAAAAAAAGUUCUUAUUACUAAUAUUUG